AUGACGAAGAAUAGCUUUGAUCAUCAGUUGUUUUUUCCAAUACAAUCGUUGUCUAAUCCAGUUCAAGUGGUCGCCACUGAAAUAGGCGCCCAACGACGGGCAAAGAUAUUGCACAGGUUUCACUAUUCGGACCGGUGUGCCGCUUAUAGACCGGAAAUAUCCGGUCUGAUCAUUGAUCCAUUUCGUGCAAAGAUUUCUCGUCCUGUAACUCAGAAGACCCCAACAACGACGUUCCCUGCUCUCCACCUUUUCGCGCCUACCAAGUCGCGAGCAGCAGCUAACGUUGCUGGAUAUGAAAAACGACAAGCUCGUAAAGUGAAAUCUACCUCAGCUUCAGAUUUAUACGAGCAUAUCCAGGAGAAAUCGCGGAGGUCUAGGGUUGGACUUGAUUUGGAUCGGGAAGAAGCUCUUGAAUAUGGUGUUGGACUUGAUGGUGCGAAUGAAGAGGAGCGAGAAGAGUUGAGGGCUAGCGAGGGUGCUUUUGAAGAGAGUGACGAGGAGCGAUUUGCCGGAUUCUUCUCGUCCAAGAAAAAACCUAAAUCUACAAAAAGGCAGAAGGGCAAAACUUCUGUACGUUUCGCCGAGGUUGAUCUCAAGGAAGAUGAGGACAUGAGCUCUGUAGCCGAAGGCAAGCGGAACGGCAAGGGUGACAUCGACAUGGGAAGUGACGACGAGAAGAUGCCUUCGAGAACAUCGGAUGCCUCUUCUUCCCGUCCUUCUGUCGGAGAAGAAGGCCAAGAAAACGGAGACGAAGACGGUUCGGAGAAGGGCAGCGAUGAUGAGGAUGAGGAUGAGGAUGAAGACGAGAACAUGUCAUUUGCCCUUCAGAUCACGACGACGCCCCAGAAGCACGUUGCUACGAAGAAGCGCAAGGCACCAGAAGAGGAGGCUGUAGGAGACGUCUCAGAAUCUCGAGUCUGGAAACGUCGGUUGAUGAAGGAGAAAACAGAGGCAGGGGAAGAAAGUGAAUUCCGAGUACAAUCAACGGGAGCUAAACUCAACCUCGAGGACCUUCUUGCUCCUCUUGCCUCCCAGUUGUCUACCUUGCAGUCUCUCAAGAAGUCCACGAAAGUCUUGGCUUCGUCGAACAAGGCUAAGAUACUAUCUGCUCCUCUACCUCAACGAGCGCAGGACCGUCUAGAUCGACAGGCAGCGUAUGAACAGACGAAGCAAGAGGUGGAUAAAUGGUCGGAGACUAUGAAACGCAUUAAAGAGGCUGAACACCUAAGCUUCCCACUUCAAGCACAACCAACUGGUCGAAUAUCGAACCUCGAGCUGAAUGCUAAGUUCAAGCCAACAACCGAACUGGAGAGCGCCGUCGAUUCCCUUCUAAAAUCCGCCAAUCUUCGCGAAGAAGAUAUCCACGAAACCGAAGAGUCGAUGCUGAAGACGAACAAUCUCUCAGUGGAGGAAGUCGCUGAGCGUCGGAACGAGCUGCGCAAAAUGCGCGAGCUGAUGUUUCGCGCAGAGAUCAAGGCGAGGAGAGUGAGCAAAAUUAAGAGCAAGACCUACCGUCGGCUGCGGCGGAAGGAGAAAGAACGCUUAGGCGAGAAAAUUGACGAGCAAGAAGAGAGCGACUCAGAGGAGAGCAGGCUGAAGCGGGAGAUGGAGCGAGCCAGGGAGAGGGCAACGUUGCGCCAUAAGCACACGGGCAAGUGGGCGAAGAAGAUGAAAGGCAGAGAAGAUGUCGAUGAAAAUACGAGGAAGGAUAUCGAGGAUAUGCUAACAAGGGGCGAGAAGCUGCGCAGGCGGAUACAGGGUGCUGCGAGUGACGAAAGCGGGGACGACGAAGAUGAGGACGAAGAGGACGAGGACGAUGGAGACGUGGAAGGUGCCAUUGCUAAGAUCAAGCAGAACGCAUUUGACGAGCUGCAGAAGCUACAGGACGACGACGAAGACCCGGAAGAUGGCAAGAUGGGCAAGAGCGUGUUCGAGAUGAAGUUCAUGAAGGCCGCCAUGGCUCGGCAGGCUGUAGCUGCAAACCGCGAAGUCGACGACUUCAUCAAGGAGAUGGGUGGGUACGCCGAGGGUGCCGACGACAGCGAUGCUGAGGCAGCAGAGCUACGAGAGGCCGACCCCUCGAGUGGGGUCGUCGUUGCUCGAGCAGGAGGUCGGGUCGUAUACCGACCUGGAGCCGCUGUAAACCCGUGGACCUCAAACUCGCGAACCAAGCUCGCCCAACCACCCCCGUCUGACACCUCUAGCGUAACCCUCCGUUCUACCGACCUCCUCUCACCUCCGCCUCCCUCUCCCACCGUCGUCAAACGUUCAGGGCUCUCUGCCCCUGCCCCAUCCGCCGAUGCAUCCACCUCCACCUCCACUUCCACCUCUGCGCCUGAGCCAGUAAAUCCGUGGCUAGUUCGACCCGAUGACGACUCGUCCUCGGCGAAGGUGGCAAAGAAGGCCAACACCGUCAUGGUGGGCAAGGACAGUAAAGCGACUGACAAGUCGAAGAACAAGCUGAAGAAGCAGACGCAGAAGCUGGAGGAGGAAAGGGAGAAGAAGAGAGACGAUGCGGUCGUUGAGAUCGAUGUGGACGCAGUGUUGACGCUGCCUAUGAGCUCGAACCUGGGUGGAGCUGGGCCGUCGAAGGCAAAGGCUGUUACGACGAUUGUGCCGGCCUCUGGCCCGUCCGCGAAGAAGGCAGCCAAGGGCAAGCAGGCUGCCGCCCCUGCAUCCCCUGGAAUAGAUGACGACGACGACGAUUCAGACGCCAACAGCGAGCUCGACGCGCAGGAAAAGGCUCUCAACCUCAAGGGUAAAGGCACGGCUAACGGCCUGAAGGCCUUCGAGCAAAGAGACUUGGUGGCACUCGCUUUUGCGGGCGACAACGUCGUACAGAGCUUUGAAGAGGCAAAACGUCGUGAAAUCGCUUCUGAUGCACCCAAGGAGGUUGACACGACGAUACCAGGCUGGGGUUCAUGGGGUGGCCAAGGCACAAACCGAGCUCCUCCUAAACCGCAGCGUAUCAAGAAAAUCGCAGGCAUAGACCCUACGACUCGUGCUGACUACGGCAAGAAGCACGUCAUUAUCUCUGAAAAGCGGGAUAAGAAGGCGGCCAAGUACCUGGUCAAGGACCUGCCGUAUCCCUACACGAGCCAGGCGCAGUUCGAACGUGCGAUGGAGCAACCUCUUGGGGUGGAGUGGAAUACACGAGUUGGCUUCCAGCGCGCAACGUUGCCGAGGGUUGUCAAAAAGCCUGGAAUCAUUAUCGAGCCACUGGAGAAGGUUAUCUAA